AUGAAUCUGACAGAGUUUAAUCAGUCUGAUGGCUGUGAUCAUUUCUCCUGUCCAGAGAGAUCUGUAUCUCCUGCAGUUUAUAUCUUACUGUACGUGUGUUCAGCUGCUGUGGUUCUGCUAACAAUGUGUGGAAAUAUGCUCGUCAUCAUCUCUGUUCUUCACUUCAAGCAGCUUCACACACCAACAAACAUGCUGGUGCUCUCUCUGGCUGUGUCGGAUAUCCAUGUUGGUGCUUUAGUGAUGCCAGCAAUGUUAAUCUGGUUGAUCGAGUCAUGCUGGAUAUUUGGGAGAGGUUUCUGCAUCUGUUUUUUGUUCAUUGGUGGUGUCCUCACAUGUUUAUCCGUCUAUAAUAUUGCUCUAAUUGCUGUAGAUCGGUAUUUGGCUCUCUCAAAUCCCUUUCUCUACACAAACACAGUCACUAAGAGAACAAUGUGCAUUUUUGUUUAUUCUAACUGGUGUAUAUGUCUAGUCUAUAAUGCAGCGCUCUGUUAUUUUAAUGGAUGUUUCGUAAAUUUUCUAUCAUGUCCUGAAGAGUGUGUUUAUUUUCUGAAUGAGAUUUGGACUGUACUCGAUCUCAUAUAUUCAUUUAUAUUCCCACUUUCUGUCAUAAUCAUAUUGUAUACUCGAGUUUUUGUGAUUGCUAAGAAACAUGCCACUGCUAUCAGAGAGCUUAAUAAUCACGCACGGCCUAAAACACAGAAAAUCACCUCAUACUCAAUGAAAUCUGAGAGAAAAGCAGCUAAAGUCCUCGGUAUUUUAGUGUCUGUGUUUCUGGUGUGUUUACUUCCAUAUUUUAUUUGCAGUUUAUUAGGGAAUGUUAUUGAAAUACAGGCAGAGACAAUUAAGAAACUUUUGCUCAUACUUUGCUUUAAUUCCACCAUUAAUCCAGUUAUUUAUGCUCUGUUUUACCCGUGGUUUCAAAAAUGCAUUAAAUUAAUUAUUACACUGCAAAUAUUUCGAACAGACUCUACAUUAAUAAAAGUUAUUUCAUGA